AUGUCCGGAGGAGACCCGCGGGGGCAGUUCAUCUACAGCCUGCCCUCGUCCGUCCUGUGGGAGUUCUGCCGGGUCAUGGACGGGCUGUCGGACCUGGACUGGACCCGGUUCGCCUCUGAGGUCCUCAGAGACCAGACCUCGCUGCGAUUGGCCGAGAGGGAGGACCGGCGGACGGACUACGUGAUGAACCAAUGGGGGAUCAGGAACGGCCGCGUGGGCGAGCUCAUCGACCUGCUGGAGUCCCUGCAGCUAUUCAGGCCGCGCGACGUCGUCCUGAGCUGUGAGGCUGUCGGCGUUGGCUCCGCCCCCUCCGGCUCCCUCGCCGCCCCCCCCCCUGCGUCCUGCUGGCCCCGCCCCCUCCUGCCCUCCCGCCAGCUCCCUCCCCUGGUUGCCCCCGGCGACAGGAUUGGUAACACUCAGAAGGUCAAUAACAGUCUGGAUCCACAGGAGGUGCCGCCCGCCAACGCCGCCGUCGCCGACGGCAACGCCGCCAUCGCCACCGGCGGCCCGUCCAGCGUGGGGGGGGCGGUCAUGGUCUGGGCCUACGAAGAGGUGCAUGAUGGGACGCGGGGCUUCUCCCCCGCCCUGCAGGUGGGGGAGGGAGGCUUCGGGGUCGUGUACCGAGCCACUCUGAGGAGGAUGGACUGCGCCGUCAAGAGGCUGCGCCAGGACUCUCUGAUGGACUCGUCUGUGCUGAGAAAAAGCUUCCAGACUGAAGUGGAGAAACUCUCAAAGUUCCGUCACACCAACAUCGUGGAUCUUCUGGGCUUCAGUGAGGGCGGCGGCUCCAUGUGUCUGAUCUACAGCUUCAUGAGCAACAGAUCCCUGGAGGACCAGCUGCACAGCGACUGCUGCUCCCUCUCCUGGUCCCACAGAGUCGGCAUCCUUAAAGGGGCGGCGACGGCUUUAGAGUUCCUGCACUGCCCCCCCGCCGGCCAGGAACCGCUGAUCCACGGAGACGUGAAAAGCUCCAACAUCCUGCUGGACCAGCACCUGGUGGCCAAGCUGUCGGACUUCGGCCUGGCCCGGUUGGCGCCGCCCGGCCCGGCCCGGUUCGGCCCAAUCGGGCCGGGCGGGGGUUCCGGUUCCGGUUCCUUCACCCAGACGGCCUCCAUCGGGCGGACGGCGACGGUCCGCGGAACGCUGGCCUACCUCCCGGACGAGUACGUGAGGAGGGGCGAGCUGUGCACGGCCCUGGACGUCUACAGCUUCGGAGUGGUUCUGCUGGAGGUUCUGACCGGACGCCGAGCGCUGGAGAAGGACAAGAAGUCAGGGGACAAAUACCUGCGGUCCCUGGUGGAGGAGUUGGAGGGCGGCCCAAACGGCCCAAUGGAGGACGCCUGGCGGAACCAACUGGACCGACGGCUGCUGCCAGACGGUGCUCCUGACCCGGUGGGCUGGCGGGACGUGGCGGUUCUGGCCUGCCGGAGCCUCCACAGCCGGAGGAAGAAGAGGCCGGCCAUGGUGGAGGUGUGUGGCAGGCUGCAGGAGGUCCAGCGCCGGGUUCUGGACCCCACCCGGGCCCCCCUAGACCCCCUAGACCACCUGGACCACCUAGACCACCUGGACCCAAACGUGGCCCUCCUGUCCCAGAACCUGGCCCGCCUCGGCCCCCUGGAGCACUCCUACCCCCCCUCCUCUUCAUCCCUGCCCCCCCCCUCCUGCUCCUCCUCCUUCCUGGGUCCCUGUGAAACCGACGAGAGUCGGGGCUUCUCCCAGUACCAGCUCCGGUCCCCGUCUCCACGGGAACGGAGUCCGGUCCCGGCCCAGCCCUCGGUGCCCACGGAGGACCAGUACUCCCAGUACCUCCAGUCCUCCCAGUGCCUCCAGUCCUCCCAGUGCUGCCCCCAGGACGCCGCCGGGUUCUCCGGGUUCUCGCAGGCGGCGCCACUGCAGUCCCUGUCGCCGAGGCCUUCAGGUGGGGAGUCGGGGUGGGCGGAGCCUGUUGGGUUUAGCAGAUGGGCGGGGCCUGUUGGAGUCAGGAGGUGGGCGGGGCCUGUUGAAGUCAGGAGGUGGGCGGGGCCUGUUGGGUUUAGCAGGCGGGCGGAGCCUGUUGGAGUCAGGAGCUGGGAGGAGCCUAUUGGAGGGAGUUGGGGUGGGCGGGGCCUGUUGGGUUUAGGAGGUGGGCGGGGCCUGUUGGAGUGGGGAAGGGGGGGGGGCCCAUUGGAGGGAGUCGGGGUGGGCGGGGCCUGCUGA